GAAACUCGAUUUAUUAAAACACGAUACCACUACAUCCACCACUGCAUCCACAACCUCACCCACAACCGCAUCCACAACCCCACCCACAAUCGCACCCAUAACCUCACCCUCCACCGUGUCAACUUCUGAUAUUCAACUUUCAAUGGCUGGUGCUGCAGGCAUAAUUCUGGGUUCGAUUGUUGGCACGGCUCUUAUUGUUCUUGUGGCAGUUUAUUAUUUAUUUAUCCGGCGCCAACGAUCUACCGAUGCUAAUGAAUCUGAUCGUGUCAACGUCCAA